CUGAAGUUGGACAACCCAUGUAGACUGGCCCAGUAGCAGAUAAGUAAGUGUGCUCUGCCACUGAAGUGUGUGUGAGAAUAUCUAGCUCCCAGUGACUGGUUGGCUAUCAGAAAGGAAAAUUUAACCAUUCAAGAUGCCAGCUGGUGAACAGAGCAUCUGCCAAGCACGUGCCUCUGUUAUGGUCUACGAUGAUUCAAGCAAAAAAUGGAUCGCAGCCAAACCUGGACAGCAAGGCUUCAGCAGAGUGAACAUCUAUCAUAACACCUCCAAUAACACCUUCAGAGUGGUCGGCAUGAAAUUACAGGACCAGCAAGUGGUGAUAAAUUAUUCCAUCGUCAAGGGGUUGAAGUACAACCAAGCCACACCCACGUUUCACCAAUGGCGCGAUGCCCGACAGGUCUACGGCUUGAACUUUGCCAGCAAGGAGGAAGCCACCACCUUCUCAAACGCAAUGGCUUAUGCUUUGAACGUGCUGGGGGCACAGGAGGGAGGUCCUACAGUGCAACGUCAGGUCCAGAAUGGACCACCCUCUGAAGAUCAGGAAGCGCAGCGGAGGCAGAUAAUGGAACAACGUCAUGAGCAGAUGGAGAGAGAUCGGCGAGCGUCCAUGUCUGCUGGCCCUGUUGGUCCAGGUGGGCCCCAGACACAGGUGACCUGCUCUCCACCCCCCCCUGCUGGUGGUCCUGCACCACCUCCACUUCUGCCGGGGCCACCACCAGCCUCUGCAGGUGGACCUCCACCCCCUCCUCCACUGCCGGUUGGGGGAAGCGUUGGGGUGAGAGGUGACGAGGGUCACUCGGGGUCGGGGCUUGCCGCUGCGCUUGCGGGAGCCAAACUGAGGAGGACCAGCAGGCCUGAAGAAGGUUCCGGAAGUUCCAGUCCGGGGGGAGUUGCUAAAAGUGAGGCCAAUCGCAACAGCUGUGGAGGAGCGCCAUCAGGAGGAGGAGGGGGCCUGAUGGAUGAGAUGAAUAAACUGCUGGCGAGAAGGAGGAAAGCUGCCCAACAAACAGAUAAACCAAGUGACAAAAAAGAAGAGGAAAGCCAGAAUGAGGACACAAGCCUCUCACCUUCAUCCAAUUCACGAGGACCCGGUUUGCAGAAUUCAACAGAUGCUGGGAAAAAGCCAUGGGAGAGGGCCAACUCUGUGGAAAAGACAGGAACUAUACCAAGAAAUACAUUAAUGAUGAAGCUACCUGAAGCUAAGAAUGUUGAGCAGUCUCAUCUUUCAUCCUCUGGACUGAAGCCCGGGAGCAGCACCUCCAAUGACUUGGCCAACGAUGCCUUAGACUUUGAUCGAUUGAAGCAGGAAAUACUGGAUGAGGUUGUAAGGGAGUUGCACAAAGUGAAAGAUGAGAUUAUAAAUGCCAUUAGACAAGAAUUGAGCAGAAUCAGUACGACAUAAUGAAUUUUGCACUUGAGGAUGGGGGAAGUCCUCGGAAGGAUGUGGGAAGAGGAGAGACAGCUGUGUGGAGGACAGUGUGGAAGAUGACUAGAAGCUAUGCACUGAAUGUCGCAGUUGUUUUUAAAAUCCUUCAUUGAAUAGUGGACUCACCAGAUACUGCUGUUGGCUGCCUUGGGUCUGCUUCACAUGAAAAGUCUUAAUAAUUUUCCAAAACAACAAAAAAAAAACUUUCAAUGAUUUUUAAUACAACUUGUGAAUCUUAUUUUCUAGGUUUUACAAAAAAUUGCACAUCUGUUUUAUGUUAGCCUUUGUAUUUUUUAUUAGGUUAUUUAAAGAUUUACAUUCUAGAUUGUGUUUUUAGAUAAAACCUUACACACACACACACACACAUUUUGCUUUUUGUAGGUGAAUAUUUCAGUUAUUUCUACCAGUAGACAUUACCACAGUAUUGUUAACUCUGUAUUGAAAAGUCUUUGCCAACAAAGAGAUCCUUGUAACAUCAACAAACAGGCAGAAACUUGUAUUAGUUAUGAUAUGACAAAGGUAACUGAUUUCUCAAGCAAUCUUGCAAACCUUAUUAAAACAAGGUACAACAAUGUCAA